AUGAGUAUAAAUGAGGCUAGUGUUAAAAUAAAUCGUGAAAGAUCCCCUAAUAGGCUAGUCGCUAAUAAUGAAAACGAUAAUGAAUUGCUAAAGGAUCUAGUCAAGACGCGUGGCAUAUUAAAAAGCAGGCUUACUAAAUUUUCUAAUGCCGUUAGUGAUAUUACCCUCGAACAAUUAACUAAUCAAAAAUGCGCCGAUGUAAAAUUACGCAUGCAAGGUGUUACGAGCUUAUUUACAGAGUUUAGCGAUGUUCAAACAAAAAUUGAAAAAAUUGUACGAGAUUCAGAUUUAGAUUCACAGCUGACGCAACGAGAAUUGUUUGAAGAUUGCUAUUAUCAUGCACUAGCUCAAGCUGAAUGUUUGCUCAAAUCGGUAGAGGUCACUAGCGCGUCCAGUAAGGGCAGUAAUAGAGCGUCACAGUCUAUAAAACUUCCGACCAUCUCCCUACCUGUAUAUGAUGGAACGUAUGAGCAUUGGAUCGAAUACAGAGACAUUUUUCUAUCUCUAGUACACAAUUCCGAUGAAAUUAGCGAUAUACAGAAAUUCCACUACCUAAAAUCGUCACUAAAGGGAAGCGCGGAGUUAGUUAUCGAUUCCUUAGAAUUCUCUGCUAGUAACUAUGUGGUAGCAUGGGAACUACUUCUCAACAGAUACAACAAUAGCAGUCUGUUGGUGCAUAACCACGUUAAGGCCUUAUUCACUAUUCAAAAACUUUCUAAGGAAUCACCACAUGCACUCAGAAAACUGACAGAUAUUAUUCUUAGAAAUUUACGCGCAUUAAAAAUAUUAGGUGAGCCUACUGAGUACUGGGAUACGUUAAUUAUAUUUAUUAUAACGUCUAAGUUAGAUGAAACCACCGAACGUGAAUGGGAACAAUUUAAAUGCACCACACGAAAAUAUAUUAAUGAUAAUUCUUCACUGAAGGUAGAUGAUUUACUUAUGUUCCUCAGAGACAGGGCUGACAUGUUGGAAACAUUGCUAGUUUCACACAGGGUUAACAGUGACGUUAAAACUCAAAACGCGACUUCACAACAAUCGUCAUAUUAUCCGUCACAUAAAAAAUCACAACAUAAAGUGCACUGCAAUGUUUCCACCAAUAAGUCACAGCAAGGUCGAAUCACGUCUACUAAGAAAUCGUGUUUAAUGUGUAACGCCGAUCAUCCACUUUAUUCAUGUCAAACAUUUUUGGACACUAACUUAGACGCUAAACUGCAAUUUAUAACCGCAAAUAAAUUAUGUGAGAACUGUUUACGUCCAGGGCAUUCAGUUAGUAUGUGCAAAUUUGGACCUUGCAGACUGUGUUUUAAAAAACACAACACGCUUAUUCAUAAUAACGUGACUGAUCGAGUAGCGGUCGUAUCAAUGCAUCUAGCCGACAACGAAACCCCGGGUUCUAGUCAAAUGACCCCCGCGACCGUCGCACCGCCCGCGCAGUCCAUCCCCGCGCAAAUUCAUUCGUCUCGAUCCACUUGCGAAAUUCGAGGUGUCGGCAACACAGUAACAACGUCAUCACAGAUAUGUGAUAUCGAGAUCAAAUCACGCAUUGACAAUUACUCCGCACGCAUUAAAUGUUUUGUGUUGCCGCACAUUACAUCUACGCUAUCUACUGCUAUGUAUAGUCAACGCGCGCAGUCUUUUAUGAUACCUGACUAUAUACAGCUGGCUGAUCCACAAUAUUAUGAAUCUCAAAAUAUUGAUAUUUUAAUAGGCGCAGACUUAUUUUGGGACUUAUUAUGCGAGGGUAAAAUGAGAUUACCCAAUGGACCCUUUUUACAAAAUACAAGGUUAGGUUGGAUUAUUUCAGGGCCUAUUGAGUUUAACACGCACAAUAUCAAUACGUCUGUCCAAUGUAACUUCACUCAAUCUAUUGACACUCAGUUACGACGGUUUUGGGAGUUAGAAGAGGUGCCUAAAACUAGUGACAUACAGACUGACGAAGAACGCUCUUGUGAGGAAGCUUUCAUUCGUACUACCACGCGCAAUAGUGACGGAAGGUUUUGCGUCAGCUUGCCACUGAAACAGUCGCCAUCUGUUUUGGGUGAAUCUUUGUCACAAGCUGAACGUCGUUUUUUGGCACUAGAGAGGCGAUUAGAACGUAAUUCUAACUAUAAAAAAUUAUAUAUUGAAUUUAUACACGAAUACAUCGAAUUAGGUCAUAUGACGCGAGUAACUUCAUAUGGAACCCCACACUAUUUUUUACCUCAUCACGGCGUGUAUCGUGAGCACAGCAGCACAACAAAACUUCGCGUGGUGUUCGAUGCAAGUGCCGCCACAAGUAGUGGAGUGUCUUUAAAUGACAUUCAACAAGUCGGACCUCCCUUGCAGCGUGAUUUAGUUGACAUCCUGCUUCGUUUCAGACAACAUAGAUACACUGCUUGUGCAGACGUCGAAAAGAUGUACAGGCAGUGUCUCUUAAACGAAUUACAACGCGAUCUCCAGUUGAUUGUGUGGCGUGACAACCCAUCUGAACCGUUAGGUAUUUACCGACUGAAUACGGUAACGUAUGGGACAGCCUCCGCACCGUUUCUUAGUGUUAGGUGUCUAAAGCAGCUGGCACUCGAAUGUAAGGACUCAGCCGUCCAACAAAUAAUUUUAAAUGAUUUUUAUGUAGAUGAUAUGAUUACAGGUUCAGAUGACAAGCAGGAGUUGCUUGUACUCUGUAAGAAGGUCACAGAUGUCUUAAGUUCUGGAGGAUUUCACUUAAGAAAAUGGAUAUUUAAUUUUAAAUGUGAUGAAUUGUUGGUUCAUCAAAUUCCAAAUAAUAACGCAUCACAGGAAUUAACAUUAGGAGAAAAUGUUCAGUGCAAGACAUUAGGUCUUGGAUGGUACUAUGCAUCAGACGAGUUUUAUUUUAAUACUCAAGUUAAAGUUGAUACGUACAAGAUUAGUAAACGAACCAUUUUAUCGCACGUUUCUCAAAUAUUUGAUCCAUUGGGAUUAUUAAGUCCGACCAUUAUAAUAGCCAAAGUUUUAUUGCAAAAACUAUGGUUAUUACAACUAGGAUGGGAUGAUGAGGUACCGCGAGACGUGUUGCGCGCAUGGACCGUAUUUGUAAAGGGCUUAUCAAUGCUUAAUACCAUCCGCAUACCCCGUCAUGUUAUAGCUAACGAAGCGAUAUGUACAGAGCUACACAUCUUUACCGAUGCAUCGCAGACUGCGUACGGCGCUUGCAUCUACGUUCGAACAGUAACUAAUAACGGACUUGUAUCGGUAAAAUUGUUAUGUUCAAAGGGUAAGGUUGCACCUUUAAAACCUGUCAGUAUCCCGCGACUAGAAUUAUGCGGAGCUUUACUUGGGGCUCGACUUUAUGAUAAAGUAAUUAACUCACUUCGUCGUCAUUUUGAUAACAUCAUGUUUUGGACUGACUCGACCAUAGUACUAGGAUGGUUACACAUGUCGCCUAAUUUACAAAAAACUUUUGUACAAAAUAGAACGGCAGAAAUACAUGAGUUGGCGAAGGAACUUCCAUGGCGUCAUGUCAGUGGGAAGGAAAACCCAGCUGAUCUGGUCUCGCGCGGUGUUCAGAUGGAGGACCUUUCAUCUUCUACUUUAUGGUGGGAAGGCCCAUCUUUUCUUCGUCACACUAACUUCAGUUGCAAUAAUGUACCGUUAAAUUCAUUUGACUCUCAGCAACUAUUGCCUGAGCUGAAAUCCAUUGUGACACAUUCCUACGCUACUGAUCAAGACUGCGAACGUACAUUAUUUCCAUUUGUUAGAUUUUCUCAAUAUAGUCGCAUGAGACGAACUGUCGCAUAUAUACAACGUUUUAUCCAUAAUACGCGCAAUAAAAAUACUCAACGGUCAGGUACUCUCACUGUCGAUGAAUUGAGGGAAUCUGAUAUAACUUUGGCUCGACUGUCUCAACUAGAAUCGUUUCCAGAUGAGUAUAGGUUACUCACAAAUAAUAGUACUCUAGUUAAUAAGCAUAAUUUGUCUAAAUUAAAUUUAUUUAUUGAUAAAAAUAAACUAAUUCGUGUUGGUGGUCGGAUUGUAAAUUCUCCCGACUUUAAUUUUGAUAAAAACCAUCGAUUUUAA